AUGAAACUUAGGACAUUGUACGUUUUGUGUUGUUUGUGCUUAUCGUGCACGUUCGCUGUUUCUUAUGAAAAUGAUGACAGGAACGAUCGAUCAACUUUAAAUCCUUCAGAACCAUUCGAAUCGCAUGAACAUCACGGAUCUUUGGAAGAGGACAGUCAAAGGGACAAACGUGCAUUGGGUUUAAUCCUUUCGGGAUUGGCGCAAGUUUUUGGCUACAAUGUGGACGGUAUCCAAGUGGCCGCGUUAUCUAAUCCGAAUUCCGAUCCACCUACGGAUGGAGGAGCAACCCCGUUAGCGGCUAACCAAUCGUCUUCGUCCAACUCAUCUCAAACAUCCUCGACAGCCGCGGCUCGGCAACGCGAAACAAUCAGAUUCACGGGUGUGCUGAACUUCGGUAACAACGGCAGUGUUCUAAAUCAUUUGCAGGAGUACGAGCAGAUUUUCCAUGGGGGAAGUAACACUUCAACCCCUAUGACGAACGCCACAUCCCCUGCAUCAACGCCGCUUCCGCUCGAUCCGAGAACCCCUGACUCUAGGCAACCGGAAUCUCCUCUUUUGGUGCACAUCCCAUUACCCGUGAUGCGGCAACCGCCUCUACCAGAGAUUCCCCCGCUGGAUAUUAAGCUGUCCUACCCCAAACCGAUUCGGUUCGUUCCCACCCGCAAAGAGCAGGAGACGGUGAACAGGAAGAACGAGAGCUCGGUGAAGCUGACGCUGCAAAGUGAGUCGAUCAAGGAUCCAAAGAACGUGAAAUCACAGCCACUACCGAACAGGUACACCCCCACGGAUGAACCCUUUUGGAAGAAGGAGUACGAGCAGAGACUAGCCGAACUGGAACGCAAGCAGGCUGAACAAGCAGAGAGAUUGAGACAACAGGAACGAUACAAGAAUCGUUCGAAGGAUAAUAAUUAUAGUGCAGAGGAUGAUAAAGAAUUCCGGAAUCGGGGAAAACAGACCCAAGGAAAUGACGAUUCUGGAUGCAGUGGCAAAGGGCAUUCGUCGACGGAUGAAGACAAUUCCAGGGAAAAAUACCAGGAUGAGGAUAGGACUCCUGGAUAUUCGAGUCAGGGGGCAAAGGAGUCGGAGGAAAGCGAAGAUGAAAGGUAUCGAGAUUAUGAGAAAGACUAUAAGCCGUUUAAGCAAGAGGAGGACUUUUCAGUGAGUGAUAAUUACACUAAUGUUGGACAGAAUGAACCGUUGCCUCUCAGCGGCGACGAUGAACACCAAUGGCCAGAACAGCUCAAGAAUAGUUACGGAGAGCCUCUCAAUAGCAGCGAAUUAGAGGACAGGUUUGCGAAUUUCUUCAGCAAAUUCAGGCACGUUUACAGUUCGUUCGAGCGUCCUGAUUCGAAGGAGAACCCGAAGGUAGAAGAUUCGUCGAGUUCUGACGAAGACGAAGACGCGAGUAAUGAGAAAGGAAGGGAUGAGUACAACCUACCUGCUACGAACAAAUACGAAGAAUAUAGUUUAGAGGAAGACACAGAUACAAAGAGGAAGGAUGAUCUAAAAAGUUCUGAGCAAGACACAUCUACCAAGUCUGACAAGUUAUCCAACAAAUUUCCAUCCGAUGACGAAAAUCAAUCGGCGCUGGAUGACCCUAAGUCGGAAGAGGAAGUAGAUUUCAGCAAGUUCAUGCCUCUGAUUGUACCAGCUCGGUACUUAUCCGCCCCUGAGGAAACGGAAGAGGCGAAAUCUGGAGUUCCCACCGUCGAAAAACGGAACAGAACUAAUAACGGGACAAAUCGAGAAAGUACUAAAAAGGUUUCGAGCAAAGACGCAAGAAGACCAAAGAAAGAGAAUCUACAGCCUAAAGCAAAUGUCUUGAACCGAGAACUGCCCAAAAGGCUUCAUGAAGGUGAGCAAAAGGAAAUAAAAAUGUGGCCACCACCGUUCGACUUUCUUCUGGAUAGUACUAUUGAUACAGACGUUCCUCCCGAAAUAUCAGGACAAACGUAUAUCAAGUCUUCGGAUGUUAAUCGUAAAGUUGAAUCUCGUGAUGAAAUAACAGAUCAGAAAGGUGAAAGACAUACAACUACUCGUAGUUCAAGACAGAGAAGUGGAGAUGACCCACAGAAUAGUUUCUAUGAGAAGUUCAAAGAAGGCUCUGAAAGUCAAACAGUGUCUCCAAGACAACCUACCGAGUCGGUAAACCAACAGAAUAGAACGUAUUCUAAAGAUAUGGUUGAAAAACCACAUCAGCAUCUUCAUCAGGGAAAUGAUGUACCGGACUUUUGGGAACGGUAUAAAUAUACUUCAAACGACAACUACGGAAACGGGAACCGACAAAAAAUUGAAAUAGUGCAUUCCACCCAAAGGCCGACACCAAACUCGUCUUCGAAAAGGUUUGAGUCUUUGAAGCGCAGUACUGAAAAAACUGAGCCUGUUGCUGGCAUUUACUACACCGAGAGAUCUCCUGUAAAAAAUGCUCAGACGUUUAAUGAUAAAAAUCAUAAUACGCGAGAGUUUCAAGUCGAGGCAUCAAAGUUUGUACCGCCGAUUGCGUUCGAUGGACCUGCACCAGGUUUCUUUCAUUUUCCUGGGAUGGAUUACGAUUUCAAUCAAAGAAUAGACAAUGGAGCAAUGAUAGGCGUAGCUGUGCCGCAAUACGACGUUUAUCGCUAUGACGAAAGUUUCACGAAAUUUGCCAGUGAACCGGAAAACAGAAGCGAGAAAGUCAAAGCCGAAAGUUACACGGAUGGAGCACCCAGUUUGGAUAUUUCGGAACGAAAAGAGGUUGAAGCGAAUGGACCAAUGGGUUACGUUGAUUUUGUUCAUGUAUUAUAA